UGUUCGGCAAACCUUGCUAUGGUGGAUGUCCCACGGAUCCAAGCAUUAGUUGUCUCACGGGCCCAACAACCUUUCUCAACAAAAACCAGAAAUGCAGUUUGACCUCCCUCCUUCUUUCCGCGCCCGCAUCCAACGCCCCGCCCUUCUUACCAUGGACACCAAACGCCAGGAAGUUCAUGACGAUAUUAUCAGAAUACAAAAAUGCCUAGAGGAUCAUCAGGAGAGAUUCAUCCAGAAAAAGCAACUCCGGAAGCUUGGGAUCCGACCGGCCGUGGUGUCUUUUCCCGCUAGCAAAUUUCCACAGUUCGAGCCGUGUUUCUUCAGCCCUCGAGAUUUUCGGCGUACCGAUACUCAGCACUUUCAAAAUCCUGUUCAUGCUUUGGAGGGGAGAAACAGAGAUGGAAGCAAAGGGCUGCAAGCUUUCAUGGAACACACUGAAAUGCUGCCCGGUCGAGUCCAAUUUCCCCCGAUUCUUUCGACGAUUCACACGGGUAAACUCGGCGAAUUGAAACAGGAAGGCUUCGAUCUCUCCAGCAAUACUUCUCUUUCUAACUCGGGUCCACUAAGCAAGGGGAAAUGGCCCUUUAGCCCAGAAUACCGACUAUCGGAGCACAGAUUCAAACUCGACCCGUGGAAGGUUGUCCUUUGCUUGGAGGAUACAGCCCACACGGUCCCUCAUGCUAUAAUUGACAUGGUACUGGAUGCAAAGUUCCCCCCCAGUAAGCUUACAGUGAGCGAGGUCAGGGCUAUACUGAGGGUGAUGGAGAUCCGCAUGGGUUUCCCAUCAUAUCAAACCCAUUUAAUUCUUCCUCUCUUGGUCUUAUCAUAUCUUGGUCCGGAUUACGCCAGAAUAAUCCAAGCGCAUCAUGAUGGAAACCAAAUGAUACUUCAGUAUUCCAGAACAGUUCGCCUUGAUGAUACAUCUGUCAGGACCCUCCUUGGGUAUUAUUGUAGCAAUCUGGUAGGCGUGACAACUCCGGAAUGAAGGCUUCUAAUCCUAAUCCAGCUGUGUGGUA